AUGAAGUCAGCACUUGUAUGGACAGGCUUUGCAGUCCUGCAGGGCCUGCUCGUCGCUUCAGCACCUAUUGGUCCCUCGGGCCCCUGUCCAGAUGUAAAGGUGGAUGCCAUCCUCCGAGGCGACAUGGAUCCAUCUGCAUGUUGCUCCUACGGUAAAUGCAAAGGCGAUGUUGUCGUCUCCGUUGGUAAUUAA